UAAAAAAAUUUAAUUAUUAUUAAAAAAUAUUAAAUAAUUACUAUAAAAAAUCGAUAAAUAUGAAAACCGAAACUUCUUGGAAACGUCGAUUUUUGCGGAAAAGAUUGAAAUAUACAUUAAUUUGUGUUUUCAUAGCUGCUAUUAUAUUUGUUGUACAUCAAUUAUUUUAUUUCAAAGAACUUAAUCAAGCGAUUGUAGGAAAAUUAAUAAGUGGAUCUGUACGAACAUCUAAUUAUAUUAUUACUGGUAAAAUAAACUCAAAGUGGAAUGAACCAUUGCAUUCAAAACUACUUCGUGAUAAACACGGUCGAACUGUAUCAUUACGUGGUACACGUGAUCAAGAUAUUUCAAAAUAUUUACCAAAUGUGCGAGGAAAAUUUGUUUGUAUCGUAUCAAAAGAUGAAAUAGAUUUUAUUAAAAUUAACGAUAACUAUUGUGAUUGUCCUGUGGAUGGUAGUGAUGAACCUGGUACCAAUGCAUGUAACAAUGGUGUUUUUAAUUGUGAACUUUCAUCUUCACAAUCUAUAGUAAAAAUACCAUCUUAUAAAGUUAAUGAUGGAUAUUGUGAUUGUUGCGAUGGAUCUGAUGAAUGGGCUGAAAUUAAAAUAUCACAUUUAAAUAAUGUGUUAAAAAAACAUAAAUCAAAAUUAAUCAUGCAAUGUGGUUCAAAUGUGAAUACAACAAUGUGGGAUCCUGUUCAAAUAUUUACUCAUCAUUCACAUUAUAAAUAUGCUGUUGUUAUAUUAAACAGUCCACUUUAUUGGAAAGAUGACAUUUUACUUCAAAUUUGGAAGAAUGCUCAAAUUAAUGUUACUGUUGAUGGUGGGACAUACAAGUGGUUAUGUUACUUAAAAGAACAAGGUAUUGAUUUAUUAAAUGAAAAUCAUAAUGAAUACGUGCCAAAUUUAAUUACUGGUGAUAUGGACAGUUGUUCUCCUAUAAUUCUUGAAAAACUGAAAAAUAUGGGUUCAAUAGUUAUUGAAACACCUGAUCAAGAUCAUACAGAUUAUGCAAAAGCUUUGUUCCAAUUGGGACAAUAUGUAAAGAUGAAAAAUAUAAAACUAAAUAGAAUAUACGUGUUCACAGACUUCUCAGGAAGAUUUGAUCAUAUCAUGGGAAAUAUUAAUACACUUUAUAAAAGUGAUACGCUUAUUGAACAUGUACAAGUGAUUCAAAUUGCAAGUGAUUCAAUGACAUGGAUUUUAAGACCAGGAUUUCAUAGCAUAAUUAUUCCUAAAAUUUUAAUACAAACUAAUAGCUGGUGUGGACUUUUACCAGUUGGUGCACCUGUGAAUUGCAUAAUAACAACUGGUUUAAAAUGGAAUUUGAAUAAUGCAACUUUACAAUUUGGUGAUUUGGUAAGUACAUCAAAUACAUAUGAUAAUUGCUCUGAAGUAACUGUCAAUACAGAUUCACCAGUAAUAUGGACUAUGGGUAUUGAACCAUUACAAAAAAACACACAUGAUUAUGAUAUGUCAUCAAAUACAUUUUGAUGACAUUUUUGUUUAGUUAUUGAUUUUCAACAUUUACAAUAUUUUAACUUUUUGUAUAGUAGAAAAGAAAAUAUUUUGAUAAAUUGUAUUUA